AUGACGACUAGAGAUGAUGAUUCAACUGAUCAACAACAAUCCCUUUCAAUUAACGCUCCUUCUUUGCUCGUGUCUAAUAUCAUAGCUUCUACUACUUUCCAAAAAACACACUCCUGGUCAACUGCUUCUUCUUCUGGGGAAGAACACCAUCUAUAUGAUGAGGAAUUGAUACCACCUGGCAAUUUCACCAUGGUAUCAACCUGGAUUUACAGAAGCAGUUUUCCAAAGAAAAAGAAUUUUCCUUUCUUAAAGAAACUAGGUUUGAAAAGCAUUUUAACAUUAAUCUUGGAAGAGUAUCCCGAACAAAAUAUGAAAUUCUUAAAAGCAAAUAAUAUUAAAUUGUUUCAAUUUGGAAUUGCGGGCAAUAAAGAGCCAUUCGUUCAGAUACCAGAAGAUAUAAUUUGUGCAGCAUUGGCGCGAAACCAUCCAAUACUUAUACACUGUAAUAAAGGAAAGCACCGAACAGGCUGUCUGGUUGGGUGUCUUCGAAAAUUACAACGAUGGACUCAUACAUCAAUAUUUGAUGAGUAUCGACGUUUUUCUUGUCCAAAGUCGCGAUCAAUGGAUCAACAAUUUAUCGAGCUAUUUGACGCAAGUCAGGUUUGGAAACUAGUAGAUAGAGAUCAUCUCCCAAAAUGGGAAGAACUAGAUAUUCCUUGGUAA